ACUAUUUAUUAAAGUACGCACGAGUGCAUUUAACAUGAUACUAACCGAUAUUUCAAUUAUUGUAUCCUUCAAAUGUUUUAAGAUAAGCCGUAUCUAUUAAUCGAUUGAACGUAUACAAGGCAUUCGUAAAGUAGUAUCUAGAUAGUUGUAUUCGAAAUAUUCAUGUGAUAAUUUCGGCUUUUUGAUUCUUCGUAAAUGUGAUCUGUAGUGACAAUAUUUUGUUUCGCUUCAAUUUCUAACAAAAACAAUGAAGAGUUUCAAGAUAAUUAUAACGGUGUUAUUAAUAAAUUUGUCAAUCAGCAGAGCCUACAAAAUUUUGGCAAUAUUUCCAUUCCAUGCCAAAAGUCAUGAUAAUAUGCUGUCUGCAUUUGCUAAAGGUUUAGCUGAACGUAAACACCAAGUUGAUGUUGUGACGCAUUAUCCCGCAAAAAAUCCACCUGAAACGUACAGAAUAGUUGUGAAUUUGAGUGGUACUGAGCCACCCAUAAUAAAUAGCUUUCACAUUGAUUAUGCAAAAACAAUAGCUCAAGAUGUUACGGUCAAGGUUGCAGAUCGUUAUGGUAGUGAUCUUUGCCACUACAUGAAUUUACCAGAUUUUCAAAAAUUAACCAAAAAAAUCAAAAGCAGUAAAGAUAAGCUUUAUGAUCUCGUCGUUCUUGAAGCAUUCGGAUCUAGUUGUUUUAUGGGGUUUGGUCACCUUUUGAAAGUACCUGUUAUUGGAAUUUCAACUUUAGUAGAAUUUCCUUGGAUAAGUGAUUUCAUUGGUAACGAUGAUAAUUUAGCUUACGUUCCAUCCUGCUCUACAAAAUAUUUUGACAAAACUAAAUUUUGGGAUAGAUUGAUGAAUUUAUUACAUUAUCACUAUGAAAAAUUUCGCUUUCAUUCAAAAACUGAAAAAAUCCAAACGGAGCUAAUGAGAAAAUAUUUGAGUCCUGACAUGCCCAAUGUAAGAGAAAUUGAAAAACAAAUUGCUUUAACGUUUGUUAAUAGACAUCCAGUAAUAUUUGGGAUAAAGCCAUUGGUUCCAUCUUUAGUAGAGCUCAGUGCUUUACACAUGGAGGAAGACCCAAAACUUCCGGAUUUACAAAAGUGGCUUGAUGAGAGUAACUCAGGGGUCGUAUAUUUUACUUUUGGAUCAAUGGUAUUAAUUGAAACUCUACCAAAACAUCAGAUUUUCGAAAUUUAUAAUUCAUUGAGAAAAUUGAACCAAAGAGUGUUAUUGAAAAUAGCCGACCCGACAAAAUUACCUCCUAAUCUACCAGAAAAUGUAUUAACUUCUCCGUGGAUUCCUCAACAAGCUGUAUUAAAGCAUAAAAAUGUCAAGCUAUUCAUCACACACGGUGGAUUGAUGGGGUCUCAAGAGGCUUUGUAUUAUGGUGUACCUAUGAUAGGUAUUCCGUUGUUUGGAGAUCAACCGAUAAAUGUGGAUAAGUUUGUCCAAAUGAAAAUGUCCUUAAAAAUAGAUUUUGACAAUUUAACAACUAAUUCUCUAGAUUGGGCUUUGAAUGAAAUAUUUACAAAUUAUAAAGUUUACAAAGAAAGAGCAGAAUAUAAUUCGAGAUUAUUCAAGGACAGACCGAUGAGUCCAAUGGAUACGGCCGAGUACUGGAUCAAGUAUGUUAUUCGUUACGGAGCUGGUCCUUUAAAAUCUCCUGCAUUAGAGCUGAAUUGGUGGCAAUUAUCAAUGCUCGAUGUAUAUAUUUUUUUACUAAUCUUUUUUAGCGUCAUAGUAUUUUUUUUGUGUAUUUUGAUACAGUUAUUUUUCAACCUCAUUAAAAAUCGCAUUAGUAUUAAGCAUGUCUCUAAAACUUUAUCUGAAAAUUCGUCUAAAAAAGUCAAAUAUAAUUAGAUAAAGUAUACAAGUGUGGGCUAUUGCACCUCAAGCAUGAUAUCCCAAAAAAUGUAAUUAAAUGUACUCUAUAUACUGUAUGUACGCUUAGAAAGGAUAUAGAUAAGUGAAAUUUGCAGAAAUUCAGUCCUCUGAGGUUUUUUCUCAUGGGUCGAUAGAGGCUCAAAUUUUGGUUUUCUUCUAAUAAAUUUUAAUCUACGUUUCGCGCAGUAAGGAAAGCUAUAGUAACAUUCUGGUAGCGCUGAACAGAUGGAAAAAAUUUUUUUCUCAUUUUUGUGAAUUUUUCGUGGCCAAAACGAGAAUUUAUUUUCAAAGUUCUUCUCAAGAGUACAUGAUUAGUUUCAAUUUCGUUUUUCGGAUAUAAAGCCUUGACGUAGAAUCGCUCAAAACAAAUUGUAUUGAUAAGUAGCGUUGUUAAUUAUUUAAAUUUUUUGAAGAUUUUGUUUAAAGUAAAUAAAUUAG